CUGCCCUUAGUAUCCUCUCUCUCUCUCUCUCUCUCUCUCUCUCUCUCUCAGACACACACGCACACCAGAUAUUCUCUCUUUCUUUAGGUACACCAGAUAUUCUCCCGUGCUACCUUUGUUUUUACCCCGACUCUCUCUGUCUCUCCUCUAUCUCUAUCUCUAUCUGUGAAUCGAUUUGUGCGGGUGUUUUUUUUUUUUUUUUUUAAAUUGUGUAGUAUUUGGAAGAAGGAUGUAUGAACAGCAGGAGCAGCAGCCGCAGCAGCAGGAGGGGGCGAUGAGAACGAUGGAUCACCCUCAUCAUCAUCAUCAUCAUCAUCACCACCAUCAACAACAAUAUCAACAUCAUAAUCAUCGUCAUCAUCAUCAUCAGCAACAGCAGCAGCAGCAGCAUACGGCGUCGCAGCAUCAGGUGAUGAUGAUGAGGAAGAAGGGGCAUGUGCAUGGGCAUGUGGACAGGAGAUCAAGGCCAAUAGAGGAGGAAAGGCUGGAAAUCAUUGAUUUGAGCGGCAUGUCCUUGGAGACCCUCCCCACUCCCUCCCUCAACUUGGGCAAUAUUUGCAAGUUGGACCUUUCCAAUAACAAUCUCCAGGGAAUACCGGAGUCCCUAAUAGCGAGGUUGCUGAACGUGGUUGUCCUGGACGUGCAUUCCAAUCAGCUUAAAUCCAUUCCCAACUCCCUCGGCUGCUUGUCGAAACUCAAAGUUCUAAACAUCUCUGGCAACUUCAUCCAGUCCCUCCCUAAAACCAUUGAAAAUUGCAGGUCUCUUGAAGAACUAAACGCCAACUUUAACAAACUGACGAUGUUGCCGGAUACCAUGGGAUUCGAGCUCCACAGCCUCAAGAAACUGUCGGUGAACUCAAAUAAGCUAGCUUGUCUCCCAUUCUCCCUUAGCCACCUCACUUCCCUGCGCAUUUUAGAUGCCCGUCUCAACUGCCUCCGUUCCCUUCCCCAAGACCUAGAGAACCUUCUCAACCUCGAGGUCCUCAACGUGAGCCAAAACUUCCAGUACCUCGACGCCAUUCCAUACUCACUUGGCCUCCUCAUCUCGCUUCUCGAGCUGGACAUUAGCUACAACAGCAUCACCUCCCUCCCUACCUCCCUGGGCUGCCUUAAGAGGCUGCAAAAACUAAGCGUUGAGGGUAACCCCCUGGUGUCACCACCCAUGGAGGUGGUGGAGCACGGCCUCCAUGCCGUGAAGGAGUACCUUAGUGAGAAGAUGACCAAUGGCAGCAGCCCACCUGUCAAGAAGAAAUCAUGGGUGAAGAAACUAGUGAAGUACAAAACAUUUAAUGGACUGACAUUGUCGAACAGGCCAGGGGUGGGUCAUGAGCAGGAGAGGGAAGGGUUCAUCGCAUCCGACUAUAGGGCCAUUGACAGCCUCGCUUCCCCCAAGUAUUUGGGGAUGUUCUCGCCGCGCCGCCUCUUCUCGCCAAGGACUUACUUCUCCAGAUCUAUAAACACUGAAUAAAAGAAUGAACGAAGUCAGGUGGGGUACUGGAAUUGAACUUCUCUCCUUUCUUUUUUCCCCCAUUUUUUUGAGUUUGCUUAGUUUGGUCGUGUUCAUGUGGGAUAGUAGUGGAUGUAAAAUUUAAAGUAAAAAUAAGAAAGAGACACAUCUCAAUAAAUAUAGUUAUGUAAGAUAAGAGGUUGAGAUAUGCUCUUUUGUGGUAAGAUAUGUAGUUAAGUUUAAGAAGCGUGCAAAGAUUUGUAAAGGCUAUAUAUGUUCAUUUUGUGUAUCUACAUAUUACAUGGGAUUGACUUCUAAGAGAUGUAUAUGCUUAUGUAAAUAGACUUAUCUUGCAUCAUACUAGAUCAAUUUCCUGA